AUGUCAGAGGUGUUAAUCCAACGAAUAAAGGAGCUGGAGGGAGAGCUGGAGAAGCUCAAGUCCCAGCUGAAGGAGAGAGGUGAAGCUGGAGAUGACAUGAAGGAAAAGUCCUCUCCAUCUCCUAAUGAGAACUCAGGAUGCGACAGGACCAGCAGUAAGAAGGGGAAGAAAGCUGGCAAGGAGCGCCCCUUUGACUUUACUAUACACCCUCGGCGCCAUGUAGCUCUCCGUCUGGCCUACCUGGGAUGGGCUUACCAGGGGUUUGCAGUUCAGGAGAACACGGAUAACACUGUGGAGGCCAGACUCUUCGAAGCUCUGCUGAAGACACGGCUGAUCCAGGACCGGCAAAGUUCCAACUAUCACCGGUGUGGUCGUACAGAUAAAGGAGUCAGUGCCUUUUCCCAAGUGAUAACCAUCGAUCUGCGCUCCACACAGUUUUGUGGAGGAUUUGGUGUCACGCUCCCUGAACAUAUUGAUGUUGAUGCCAAAACAAAAGCUGCUGCGUCUGAGCUUCCAUUUGUGAAGAUGCUGAACAGAGUCUUGCCCCAGGACAUCAGGAUCUUGGACUGGGCACCAGCAGCAGAGGGUUUCAGUGCACGCUUUGAUUGUAAGUCCCGCACAUACCGGUACUACUUCCCCCGAGGCUCUUUAGAUGUAUCGCUGAUGGCAGACGCUGCAAAAAGAUACGAGGGAACACAUGACUUUCGCAACCUGUGCAAAAUGGAUGUGGGCAACGGUGUCCUGCAGUUUGAGAGGACCAUCCUGUCAGCAACAGUCAAGCCUGUGCAUCCUGAGCACAUCUCCAGCACAGACCAGUAUGAUCUCUUCAUAUUUGAGAUCAAAGGACUAGCUUUCCUCUACCACCAGGUACGCUGCAUGAUGGCAGUGCUUCUUCUCAUAGGGCAAAAACUGGAAGCCCCAGAGAUAAUUAAUCAGCUCCUGGAUGUGCAGAAAAAUCCCAGAAAGCCCCAGUACAGCAUGGCAGUAGAUUACCCGCUGGUGCUGUACGACUGCAACUUUGAAGGUCUGAGCUGGAAACAGGAAGCUGAAGAGGUGAACCACGUCCUGUCUACACUGCAGCAACACUGGACCCAGAGUGCAGUCAAGGCCCACGUCCUCCAUGGGAUGAUCCAGGGAUUAGAGGCUGUCGGUGGAGUGUCUUUGAACCACUGCUGGUUAAUAGAAGGCAGCAGGCAAAAGAACUACCGGCCUUUGCUGGAGCGACCAUGCUGUGAAAGCCUGGAGUCCCGAAUAAACCAUUUUGUUAAAAGAGGCAGACUGGAGCGAGAGGAAGGGGAGAACGGAGGUGAAAUGGUGCACAGAGGAAAAAGGUCCAAACAUUCCCACAAUUCCUCCGGUCUACCUGUUGUCUCAGCAGUGUCAACUUCAUCAAAAAGUACUGAUGAGAAAAAAGACUAAUAUUUCACCACAGGAGAAUUGACUGUCGAAUGUUUAUUUUGUGAUUUUGUUCAUGUGAAAACAUUGUAUUUAGUUUUUAUUUCAGGAAACAUAACAUUAGAAUUACUUUUUCUAUUUUCAUAAAAAAUGUAUUUACGUUUUAUGUUUUUUUAAUGUAUGUUUCUGUUAAAUAAAUACAUGUUGGAGCUAG